AGAGGGAACGGUAUCCGAUAUCCGCCAUUAUGUUACUCCGGCGACACUUCUUGAAAGCACAACGGCCAUUGCUGCUGCGCAGUGUCCGAAGCUACGCGCCAUUGCAGAUCAGGAGCAUCUCCAACAAUGUUGUUCAGGAUCUCCAGGAUCGAGGUUUGGUGCAGCAAACGACCAGCGGAUCCCUCAAAGAUGCCUGUAUGCAGCCAAUGACUUGCUAUGUCGGCGCCGAUCCCUCUGCACCUUCCCUUCACAUCGGCAAUCUCCUCACGUUGAUCCCACUUCUCCAUUUCUACCUCGCGGGACACACUGCACUCACCCUUGUCGGUGGAGCAACAAUCCAAGUCGGUGAUCCAUCAGGACGAAAGACCGAACGUACCGCCAUGGAAAAGCAAGCGCAGUUGGAUAACGUGGAGAAGAUCAAGAAGCAAUUCGAGGAUAUGGUCCGAAAUGGGCGUGAGUACGCAAUCGCACGAGGCUACUCGGCGGAUAAAAUUGGAAAGCACGAAGUUGUGGAUAAUGCGGAUUGGACGACAGGGAUUACCUUGCUCGACUUCCUCGGCACCGUGGGACGAAAUGUCCGAGUAGGGCAAAUGCUUGCACGUGACUCUGUCAAAACACGUCUCGACUCCCCAGAAGGUAUCUCGUUCAGCGAAUUCACCUACCAAUUGCUACAGGCGUACGACUUCUGGCAUCUGUAUAACUCAAAAGGCUGUAAAGUCCAAAUCGGUGGUUCGGAUCAAUGGGGCAAUAUCACUGCCGGUACCGAUCUCAUCUCGAAGCUCCGCCGACGAGCACAAGAAGAAACUGCCGAACAACAAAGAGCGGCAGAGCCGUACGGGUUGACAGUUCCCCUGCUAACGACUUCAACCGGCGAGAAGUUCGGUAAAUCGGCCGGAAACGCAAUAUGGCUCGAUCCAGGCAUGACCAGCCCAUAUGACUUGUGGCAGUUCUUCUACCGGACUGUGGACCAAGACGUGGAAUCUUACCUUCGCGUGUUUACUCUUCUUCCACUAUCGAAGAUCGCCGCCGUUGCGGAAGAACACCGGCGCGACCCAAAACGCAGAAUUGCGAGUACACUGUUAGCGAGAGAGGUUACGGAGCUUGUACACGGACAGGAAGCAGCCAAGGCGGCGGAGUACUGCAAGGAUCUUCUUUUCCCGUCACAACACGGAAUGGAUCCUAAGGUCCCUGAGCUCAAGGCAGCCUCGAUUCUGGAAGCAUUUAAGAAUGACAAGCGGAGGCUCGUCACCAUGAAGAGAAAAAAUGUUAUUGGUGAGAUGAUUUCCAAGUUCUUGGUGACCCUCGGUGCUGUCCCGAGCAGAAAAGAAGCUACGCGACUGAUUAAGGAUCGUGCCAUCCGGUUUGGCCAACAGUUGCAUAUUCCGGCGGAUCCGAGGGAAGAAGUUCGUGAGGAGAACUUCAUCGAAGGGCAAGUUUUGCCAGUCAGGGUUGGCAAGACCGAGUUCUACUUCGUCAAGAUUGAGGAGUAAUGUGAUGAAAGAUAUUGAGCAGUUCAUGAGACAUGCAUUAGCUAGGGUAUACUCGGU